AUUUCAAAUUCCAAAACAGGACUGCCUAUGACCUAUAACCCCGCCUUUUAUAAGGGCCUGAAUAUACCAGAUUAUAACCCGAACAGCAUUCCCUUUGUCAACUACAACCCUAUGAAAGAACAAAAGCCGAGACCCUUCUCCGAGUUUCAGUCCAUCACAACAUCUGUUCCAGAGGCUCCUAAAAUGAAUGUGUUCGGUAACCCUGGAAAUGCUGGCAUCAAGUUCGAUCCUAAAAUAGUAACACCUUCACCAUUCGACAAUUUGAAGUUUGAUCCAAAUAACCGAAACUUUUUAAAAGGUUUCAAUCCCAACUCUUUUGCAGACAAAGUAGAGCCAUUUCAGGUAGUGCAAGUAACAGAAUCAACGGCCGGGCAUGACUGGGACGGCGGAUGGCCAGCUGGCAAAAGUAAUGGAAUGGUUCAAACAAAAGCAAACGAGAAAACAGAAUCAGGAGCAAACUCCUCUGGAAACAGCGGAAAAAAUGUCUUCGGUAGCUCAGGAAAAUCCUGGGAUGGAAGCUGGCCAGAGGGGGAUGUAAAAGAAUUUUCCUCAAAAGCUACAGAAUCAUGGAAUUCAGCGGUAGGCGCCAAACAAGUCAAUAAAAACUGGCAAGGUAACCGACCUCCCACGUACUUGAAACGAUCUCGACUGAGUACUAAUAUUUUUUAUAUUAAUAGUCUCAUAUUCUUUAUCAUUUCAGAUAAUUCAGGAGAUUUCUCAAAUAAAGCUACAGAUUCAUGGAACAAAGCACUGAAUCAGGGUAAAAAUCAAGAUAAUUCAGGAGAUUUCUCAAAUAAAGCUACAGAUUCAUGGAACGAAGCACUGAAUCAGGAUAAAAAUAAAGGAAACAAAAAUGGACUGGAAGAAGUGGAUGAGAUCAUUCAGAGCUUGAUAGCGGCACUAGAAAAGCUGUAUUCAUAACUGAUAAAAAC